CUUUCUUGGCUCACUUUGCCUUUUUUCUACUUUACUUUUUUUGUACAUCCUGGAGCGACAGCUAUGCGUUCAACAUAUAUUCGCAUCAUAGCUAACACUGUGGCAGUUGCAAUAGCAGCGCUUUUUUGUAUUUCAAAAAGCGCGGCGGCGGGGACUGGCUCAGGCGCAAUGGUCAAGCCUAUACUCGAAAUGAGUAAGAAUGACUUUAUCGAGCAUCUUGACACAAGUGGCCGCGUGUUGAUUGGGUUUUACGAAGAAGGCCAGGAGGAGUCUUCAAACAUGCUGAGUGAACUUUCUGCAUUCUGCGCGUUGGCAGCCGAUAAACACCCCGACUUGCAAGUGAGCAAAAUUAACUACCAAAAGUCGCCCUACUUGACAGCGCGUCUUCUGCUUACAAGUAUUCCAGAGCUGCGACUGCUUGCGAAAACCAAGAGCGGCAAGUGGGAGGCGCAAAGUAUCGAUGUAACACAAACUGCUGAAGAGCUGAUCGAGUAUAUGGACAGCCAGGCAUGGGUCCGCCGGUCGUCCAAAAAUCAAGGCCAGACAUUUUGCACGCCGUUUAAUGUCUGUGGCCAGACUCUCGGAUUUAUUGCCGAAAAAAGCAUUGCGCUUGACAGUGCGUUGCCUAUUCCAAAGUGGCUUGCGAUGAUUCUUGUCCCUGCGCUGAUUACUAUUGCCGGGCGUUUUAUAAUCGACGGAAUGUAUUCAUUUGAGGAGUGGGUGCGCGCCUGGUUUAAAAAUUGGAAUACCGACACAAGCGGUGUAUCAGCAGUUGCAACAGUCGCCGCAGCAGAAUCUGUUAAAAUUGACAAAGUCCAGUAGUUUUCUUGUAGCUGUUUUAAAAAUGCAUUUGUAUUCGAUUGUGUGGGUACACUCUCAGUGGGCGGAAAAGGAACAUGAAUAAAAAAUUGCAUUAAAUAAAAUCAUGUGACUUUAUACGGCUUAAUCCCACACUAUUAUGAUGAA